UAGUUAUUCACGUGCCGCGUUCAACAAAUGAGCAGAUCGAAAUUUCCGAGUUUCCUAGUUCCGACUUGCACGUGAACAUAGCCCCUCAGCCCUUUCUCGCUCCACUUUCCCACCCCAUGCUUAUGCUCCAGCUGCUAGCGCCGCUGCCUGCUGGUGUCUGUAGCUGACUCCCCUCACUGGCACACAUUCAAUGUACAGGUAGCUUAAAACAUGACAGGCAUCGCCGCUGCCUCCUUCUUCUCUAACAUUUGUAGGUUCGGUGGUUGCGGACUCCACUUCGAAUCGUUGGCCGAACUCAUCGUGCACAUUGAGGAUAACCACAUCGACACAGAUCCUCGUCAGUUGGAGAAGCAGGAGCAGCAACAGCCCACCUAUGUUGCCCUCAGCUACAUCAACAGGUUUAUGACAGAGGCAGCGCGUCGGGAGCAGCCUGAGAGGCUGACGAGGAAGGUGCACCCCAAGCUGUCUCAGUCUCUGACAGGCAGUCUGCCUCGUAGCAGUGGCGUCUCCCCUCCUCCCAGACGCAGCAGUGGGAACCUCACCCCUCCCGUCACACCCUCCUCCUCCUUCCGUAGCAGCACUCCUACAGGCAGUGAGUAUGAUGAAGAGGAGGUGGACUAUGAGGAGUCAGACAGUGGUGAGUCCUGGACCACAGAGAGUGCCAUCAGCUCAGAGUCUAUCCUCAGCUCCAUGUGUAUGAAUGGAGGAGAGGAGAAACCCUUCGCCUGCCCUGUGCCUGGCUGCAAGAAGCGAUACAAGAAUGUGAACGGGAUCAAGUACCACGCCAAGAACGGCCACCGGACACAGAUCCACAUCCGCAAGCCCUUCAAGUGCCGCUGUGGGAAGAGCUACAAGACGUCCCAGGGCCUGAGGCACCACACCAUCAACUUCCACCCGCCAGUCUCCACCCACAUCCACAAGAUGCAGCAGUAGCACCGUCCCCACAGACAUGGAAUCCCUUGGACAUCAUUCUGUUCUAGUGAUUCUGUUUCUAUGGACCCAGGACACUACUCUUUUAUUGCAUGCUUUAAAAUGACAUUUCUAUAUAUAUUUUGGACUGUAUUUUCUUCACAGCUGUAUACUUUUUGAUCAUGUUUUUGGCACAUAGGGCUUGCUGUUAAGAUGAUGAUGCGUUUGAAAGAGCGCGUAUUGCCACGUUCAAAACCGCUCGGAACUCUCCCACUUCAGUGCUGGGAUCUUUUCUGUUUUGACUGGGAAUUCCCAACGGUCAACCAACUCAGAAACUCUGGCAUCUUUCUAGAGCUCUGACUUUCCGACCUGAAAAUCACUGACGUCAUGAUUUGACCUGUUUUUUUCCCCGCAAGUUCAAUGGUCUUGACAGCACCAUGAGUCAAGGUUCACAGCCAUGCUUCUGGGCUGUUCGCCAGAGCAAAACAUGGUGAAACAUUUACAUACAGACAUGUUGUGUACAUUGCAACCCAAUGAAUUUGACUUGAGUGUUCAGGUAAUGCUGUGUUUGAAAAGAGACAUGAGAGUGGGGAGGCCAGGGGAGAAAGCAAGCAUCACCACCACACCACCACACAACCUGAAUGUUUGUCAAAGACGACCAUAUAUUCCUGAAGGAUGUAUAAACUUUCAUAAUCAGGUGUAAAAUAGUAAGCUCUUAUAUUUUUCUUGCCGAGUUCUGUUCUGAAAGUGUAUUUUUAUGAUUCACAUUGCCAGGAUUUUCACUUGUUUUGUGUUUUAGAACUAAAAGACUCAGGUGACAAUUCAAAACACAAGCAUUUCAGCACCACAAUCCUGCCCGUGUGUUCUGAUAGCAUGCGUCCAAAACAGCACCCUAUUCCCUUUAUAGCGCACUACUUUUGACUAGAGCCAUGAGGGUCCUGGUCAAACAAAAGUAGUGCACUAUAUAGGGAGCCAUUUGGGAAACACAAAGUAAUGCUGUUCACUGGGAUUGGGAGUCACAGCAGUCCCUGUUAUCCAGAACCCUUCCAUUCUAGGGUGCUGAGCAGUUAUCCUCUUCGCCAAAGCCAGGUGAAACAUUUAAGCACUUUGUAGUAACCAGUUGCCAACAGAAUUUGGAUGGUUUUCGUUGUCUAUAACUCUGUUGCUGCACACACCAACCUGACAUGUAGCAGUCACAGGAACUAGAGGGAGCCAGACUGGAAGGACAACCUUUCCAAGGAGUUUUGUUCAGAUCUCCAGUGUUUCCCAGGGUGAGAUUAUGUAUCUGGUUGCCUUGAUUUGUAGACCCCAAGAUUGAGUUCUAAUCCAGUAAGUAUCUGUGUAGCUUCAUAGUGACUCUUCAGGAAUGGCUAACUUGAGUUACAGUAGACAUUCUUGUCAAAAUAAAAUAUGGCCAGAUCUCAAUUCUGGUCUAUUGCUCCUCUUUUGUCCCUCUAGCCUCUAUAUGUAGUCUAAUAAGGUACUGUGUCAUACUGGUGAUCAGCGAGAGCAAGGGGCUAAUCAACAACCCAAUCAAAAUAUCACGGAAAUCAAUGUCCUUAUGGAACUACACGUUAAGGCUGCGUCCCAAAUGGUAGCCUAUUCCCUCUAUAGUCCAUAUGGCUCUGGUCAAAAGUAGUGCAUUAAAUAGGGUGCCAUUUGGAAUGCAUUAUGUAGAUGGUCAUUGACAGUAUUAUACUGCCAGUACAUAUGGAGGGAAGUAUUUGAUAUUGUGUAUAGUAAAUGUAUUGUCUCAAGUGCAUUAAAUUAUAUUUUCAUAUG